UUCCUUAAAUAAUCAUUGGUAAGACAAAUUAGAUGUAGUACAAGCUUUUCGAACAAUUGCUAGUUAAUUGUAUGACCUGGAGUUGUUAAUUGUCAUAUAAUCGAUUGAAUUACAUCUAAAUACAUGUAUAUGCAUGUCCUCGGCGACCGACAUCAAUCAUUUUCGAAACCGCAUAGAGAAAAUUCAAUAAGUUGGCCGUGUUAGCUCUUGGCACUGUGUGCUGCCUCACAGCUGUGGGGGUUUCCCGUGUUCAUGUUUAUCGAAUCGUCUUCUCUGCUGCCAGAAAGUGGAAGCGAUAAAAUAAUAUUCAGCCACAGCUGUGAGCUUCGAUAUCUAUAGCACCGGGUCGGUAGAGUAUUUCCUUCUAGAGAACAUCACUUGAGGGUCCACACUAGGAAGGGAAAAAAAAUACAACUCUUCUCCGCCCGAAGGAAAAAAAAAGAGAGAAAUUACACAUCGGUGAGUGAUGUCUACGAUGUUAAUAUAUUUCCAAAAGAAUGCUAAAAUUAACGUGUCAAAAACAAGUUUAGAUGAUCCGAUACAGCGAUCGAUCGAUAUUCAAGUAACCGCGACUGGGAACACAACACAAUCGAUCCAUAUGUUAAACUCUUGCACUCGGUUUGCGCUGUUCAAAAUGUAAACCAACAAAAUAAACAUAGCAGAGAGCAAUAAGCACAUAGGUUUGCAAAGGCUACCGAAACAGCGCUCCCCUUUGAGAUGUCAUGUCGCGGUAUUGAAUAGCCUACAAUCGCAUUCAUAAUGCCGAUAAUAACCAGAACAAUCUGACUUCCUACGCUAGUGCAAUCAUUAGCUAGAAGGAGCGAUCAGCAAUCACUGUUUUGAGACACAACAGAAGUGAGUGCACCCAGUUGGGCGGAGCAAUACUCCGCAAAAACACCCACAUGGGCGGGUUUUCCCUGUCACCCGUGUCGUUUUCCAUGUUGGCAGUAGACAAUAAUAAAUGUAAGCCUAGUUAACAAGCCAAGUUCUGCCAAUCAUUUUCUCGCGUUUUCAAUACAAAGCUUGUUCCCUUUUUAAUUCGAUUGGUUCGACCAGCAAACGUUGUGUCACGAAGUGUCAAAAUUGACGGUAGCCCUUGUAGAAACUACAAGAUGAAACGAUUGAAGAUAUUGUUUUGUGCACACAGGAUCUGAACGGUGCUCAACGACUGUUCCAUGUGUAUGUACAGUACAUCAAUACUAGCUGCCUAACAAACUCAAUCGACACCGCUACAACUCAGUAGCCAUUUUAUUCACUCGGCCUGAGCUUGGGCUAAGAAAUACGGCAGUAAACAUUUUUUUCGUCUUGUUAAUUUAUUUACGUCUCGAUUGCUACGAUUUCAAUCUACUUGUCGAUCGACUCAGUUCCUUGAUGCUCCGUCUUGAACACUGAUGGCAAACUCUGCUGCUACAAAGAUUUCUUGUCCUCAGUUUGGAUGUACAUUCUCCCCACAGGUAAGAUUUUCGAGUUGUCAGCAACUUGUUCGACCACAUUCGAUGCUACGAACAAUGUAAAUUUCAUCUCCAUGAAAACCAGACAUGAUUGUGUGUACCCGUCUCGGUUUUUUUUUUCGCAGCUGAUGAUUCCAGGCGCCCAUACUUCUUGUUGUGAAUCUGUGCGUUCACCUUUGCACGACGGCCUAUCUUCGCCCUCGUUGUGUCCUUGUCAGUUAGAUCGCGUCCUUCAACAUCGAGUUUCUACAAUGCCAGUAAACUUGCUUCCAAGACCGCCGUUCAACGAAGCUGGUUUCACAAUAGGAUCGACUGCAGACUUGUCUGCUUUCUAUUCGCCUCUAGUGAGUGAGACUUAACCGUACGAUUGUGAAUUUAAGCAACCUCGUGUAAUUUUUAUUCCCCCUUCGCUAGUCUCCCGAUUAAUUGAUCUCUCUUUUACGCCACUUGUUUCACUGAUGUAAUUGUGCCUUAAGUAUUUUUUUCUUCUCCAUUAAGUUAAUUGAGCCUAAUAAUUGUUUCUUGAGUUCUUUCUCAUUUUCUUUGCUUGGGCGAUCUUUAAUCGAAUAGGCACGAGCGUGCGACAUCAAAGAGUGGAGAGAUUCUUGGUACUUAGCUCAAGCUACUGCUGCUCGACAUCCUUUAGAGAUUCAUGGGUUUGAUCCUCAUUCCCACACAUCGUGUCCGGGACUCGGUGAAAGGUAAAUAAAUUAAAUGUCUUUGCCGAUAGUUACUAGACCACUUAAGCAAACUGUUCGAGUUUCUUGUGCUAGUGAACGUGUUUAACUACAAUUCCGUGCAAGUCGAAUUUGCUACCCACCGCAACAUUGAGAGAGGCAAUACUUGUCUUUAUUUAGGUUGGUUAUUAGUAGCGGAAUAACUUAAAUAUGGAAAGGUUCCUUUUACCAAUCAUUUCAAUACUGAUAUCGUUAAGAUUAAUCAAGUUUGUGAGCAAACAAUGACGAUCGAAUUCUCCAGAGAAAUAUACACACAGCUAGUAUUAAACAUUUCAGCUAACUAGUUAAAUUACAAUUGGCGCAAAAUUGUAACUUGGAAAUGGCUUUCGUGUUUUAAAGGUUUUCUCCGAUCGAUUUGGCCGCCGCGGGAGCGAGACGGAAGAACGCUACCAGAGAGACAACAAGCACACUCAAAGCUUGGCUUUAUGAACAUAGAAAAAACCCAUAUCCUACAAAAGGCGAAAAAAUAAUGCUAGCUAUAAUGACAAAGAUGACAUUAACGCAAGUUUCAACUUGGUUUGCGAACGCAAGACGAAGGCUUAAAAAGGAGAAUAAAAUGACUUGGUCUCCGAGGAAUCGAUGUGGCGAGAAAAAAGAGGGCGGCGAAGACGAAGACACUGUAAGCGAUUCAGACGCUGAACACAGCGGCAGCGAAGAAGAGAAACUUUGCGAUGAUAAAGAAGAAAAUAUAACUAACAUUAAAGGUAUUAAUUGUGGAAACAUAUUCCUGUUUACAUCGACUCGUCGAUUUUAGAUAUAUCGGUCGAAUAUUGUCAGGGAUUAAGCUAAAGUCCUUCUAUACAACUCAUCUAUUUUUAAGCGCGUCUAGUGUUUGUAUUGUCUGGUGUUUGCCUGCUAGACAUCGGCCCGAGAAGGGAUUUUUUCUUUAUUUGAAAUUUCUGAGAAAGCCAGAUCGGAGAUGUAAUAAACUUUCUUAGCGCUACAGCUGGAAAUCAUGCUGUGGUCCUCAUACAGUUUGUUGCAAAAUUGUUGUUUUUCGUGGGUGCUAUCGCUUGUAAAGUUUAGCGUUACGUACUGUUCUGAAACAACGAAAACAAUUUCGGAUUAAGCUAUUUCUAUCUUUGUGUAAUGGCUGGUACUUUGAGAUCAGUGAGUGGCUCAGAGAAACACGGGGGAACUUUAAAUGGAAUGUUUUUCUGAGUGGUCAGAAAAAACUCCCACGUAUCCUUUGUUUGUUGAACAGAAACGCGCGAGAAAGAUGAAAAGGAGGAAAACACGCCGUCGAAUACGAUGGAUGUUGCGGAGCAGCCUAAAAAAACCCAUAACUUGAGCACGGAAAGUUCGCCAAACAGAACGGCUAAUCCUGUCGUUCAAUUUCAAGCAUUACGGGCUGUUCAGUGUGUUACUACUGGUGACCCAGAAGAUUCUCCAGUCAAAAGCUUAAGGAAAUGGGUGGAUGGAUGCUUUCAUAACACGCCUGUUAGUCUUGUGAAUACCAGUCCUUCGACAUGUGAAACACCUCCAUCGACACCCCCUCAGAAAUCGUCCACCGAAGCGUCUGUCAUCAUACAAGGUAAGAUUUGAACGCAAUAAAAGAGAAAUGAAUAAAAUAGUUACGAAAUGGUCUCUUACCAUUGCUCAAAGUGCCACUGAGAACAUUGUAUUGUUCGAUUACUAUGGAUCAUUAACGGCACUAAACAUUGCCUCCUUGUAAUAUGGCUUCGAGCAGGGGUUGCCAAAUUUCAAUAAGCCAUGGCCCCUUUAUUUAUUGAAAAAAUACCCUUGUAAUGGUUUUUAAGGGUACACUGUUUAACGAAAGUGGUUUAGUAAUUUUGAUAUUCCGUUGGCUUGGAUCCCGUUAGCUUAUUGGCGAUGUACAGUAAAUUCAUUUGCGCGGUUUACGUGUAGGGUAGUCGGGGAUUUCGUUACAGAAAUAUCAAUCACUCUAGGGUGAACUUUGGUAUCCUGAAAAUGUUGCAUGCAACCUUAGCGGUGUGGCAAAUUUCCACCUUUGUGUUAAAUUUAGACUCUCAGGUCACUGGUUUUCCUUUAGGUAAGAGCCAAAACGGAGAUGAUUUUCUAGUUUUAAAAGUUUCGACAGAACUGUUUUCGUGCAGGGUAUCCAAAAUCGCUUCUAGAAAACCACCUUGAACUCUGAUCGAAUACUUUCCGGAGAGACGACACAAAUUACCAUUGCUUUAUUUAUUUUUCGCGGCUUUACUUGCAAGCUUAGGAUGCAAUCAUUGUUUCUAAAUGCGUCAUUUCAAGAGGAAAGAUUGUAGUUGGUCACAGAACAAGAUAUAUCACAAGCAAUUUGUGCUUUGUCUGAAGAAGCCAUUUAUGUCUGCCAGAGUUCAUUAAAAAAGACACACACUUGAGAAGUAUUGCUCGCUCUGUAAAGACCUUCAGUGAUCAAUCCUGACUUCUAAGCGAAUAAUUAAAUAUUUCCUUUUUUGAUAGCAGCACAACUCGUCCUUCAGUGUGAUGAUUUACUGCUUUUUAAAACUUACAGCAUUCAUGAAAAUCUUCACUAUUCACCAAAUUGGUGCGAACUGACACGUUUAUCGUCUGGUACAGAUCACAUCUAGAACGAAUUGUUUUCCCAGCUAAAUUAUACAUGAGACCCUAAUUGAAUAACAUGCUAACAUGGUUUAAAUUUCCCCACAAACAGAUUUAUUUUACCUUGCACUCUAGUACUUCAUUCGCUUUUGAAGCGAAAAUCAGUGAUGUUACAUUGCCCACUGAGAAUUUGUGGAGCGCAGCAAUACUUUGAAGGGCCUUUGUUGCCUCACAACAAAUUUAUUUCAAGUGUUAAUUUUCCAGACACGUUUAGAAUAAUUACCGACCCAUGAACGCUUUCAGAAACGAGAGAACGAUGAAGAAAAUAACCCUCCGCUGGGCAGUUUUAAAACACAAACACAGAGUUUUUACUUUGCGUAAAUAAAUUUCAAUAUUUGAAUCUUGUCUUCGUUUUGCACAACUUAACGAAAAUCUUCCCUCUUGAUUGCUAAGUUUUUCUUAAUAACCCGUCUCAAAAUCAGUUGCCGGGUCGUGCGAGUGUUCACAAAAUAUUUCUCGUAUUUUUUAACAGUACGGAGUUCGACACCUUCUCAAAGUGAAACAGAGAAGAAAGAAAUAGAAAGUCAGUCACCCCACAGAAGUUCUUCUUCCAAGGAGGAACCUAUAACCUUGGAGAGGAAAGAGGAAACGGCGAGGGCUUUCAAUACCGUAAGCAAAAGGUAAACAAUAAAACUGCAGGACACUUAACAUUUAUUUUGUACAAGAUACAAUUCAAACAUUCUCUAAAGAGAACGAGGAAUAAUUUAUAUCUGUAUCUGAUAAUUUGAUUAGGGUUCGGAGAUCUAUGUACCUUGUGUUUGGCAAAUCGGAAGCAAAGAAAUGGUGUUGUCUCGCUGAAAAUAUAUUUUGUGAAGAGUACGCUUUCUGUUUACUUCUUUGGAACAUGUGUUGAGAUUGUCAUAUCAAAAUUAACAAACGCAGUUUGUCAAGGUGGUUCCUUUGUGGGUCUUCGUUUAGUUGCCGUUGGAUCUUUUAAAUCUGAAAUGUUUUAUUUUUUCUCCUUGUUCUCCACAGCAUAACCGUAGAAACGUCGAAUUAUCGAGAAAUUGACGCAGCUUUAGCGCUGACAACUCUAUCAGCUCGAUAGGAGGA